CUCCUUUUCCCUUGUCCCAUAGAAGAUUCCAAAUUGCAGUGGUAUUAUACUGCUAAUGAACGGGAUCAACUAAUUGCAAUACCUCUUUGUACCAUAUUAAUCUGGAUUGGCUUCUUCAAACUUGCUGUACUGAACAGUCCAAAAGGUGAGCAGUUCUGAUCUUUAAUUAAUUCGAUUCUACCAUUUAGGAAAUACUGACCACCUUCUCAUUGUUUAAUCGAUCUAGCUAGAUGGAAUACAUUUCUUAUGUGUUUUGCUUUGAAUAAUGUGAUCAUCUUUGGUUAAUGGCUGGAGAAUCUCAGCAUCAUUUACCUUUCUGAUUUCUCAUGAGCAGUGGAGCAUGAAUAAUUGAUGAAUUUUGGGGCGAAUUUUAUAAUACUUUACACCACAGUGUUUGUACUAACUACUAAGGUCAUUCUAUAACACUGUUAACAUGUUUGAUUUCAAAGAUACUUGAAGUGUUUUAAUUCAACACCAUGUGAAGCAUAAAUUUUGUGGCGCUGUCAAGGGCAAACAUUAAUUCAUAUACUCAAAACAGGAAAGCUGGGGGUAUGCAUUUUGUUGUCAAGAAUUUGUGCAAUAAAAUAGUGCCACUAUUCUAUAGGCAGCAGUGCUCACUAAAUGGAAAUAUUAGUUAGUCAGAGCCUUGUAUGUGUUAUCAUUAUUGAAUGCUCAUGGUAAUUACAAAAUUCCUUUGAUUUCGACUGAUGUAAAUAAAAUAUGUACAUUGCAUUACAAUUUUUUGCUCUUCCAUGUGCUUGUGACGUGACAGAGAACGAAGCUAUUAAGUUUACCAUCUUUGUAUCCAGCAUGCAAGUCUCAAAUGCAAUGCAUCAGCUGUUUGUUUAACUUUCCAGAUUUGUGCAGAACACCUUACUUUGCCAAAUUUUUUGAUGAAAAUUGUCUGCAUGUUUGGAAAAUGCACCAUCCGCAGGACAUCGCUCCGUGCACUUCCGCUGGCCGCGCCGUGCCGUUCCACAGGGCGACCCUUGCCCCUGGGAUUUUUCAGCAGGGUCGGUGGUUCGGCAAGGGUCAAAUACGCGGAGGUAGCAAGUACUAGCAGGCAAGCAGCAGUGCAGAAGCUCGAGUGCAGUAGGAGGAACAAUCAGAAGGAAGCAAAGUGCUCUGAAGUCUGAACAGCUGAAGCUCCUGCUCCGGCAAAUUAGUGGGGUUUCUAUCGGCAAAGAAGCUAAGGAUUGUGAUGGCAUGUCGACAGGCUCUGGGAUGGUCUGAAGGGGAGGUUAUGCGGCCAGAGUCAAAGCCAUGCUCCCGACUGAUGCGUCACACUGCUGGCAUCUUCUCUGUUGGUGGCGCCCUUGCUUUCUGGGUGCUUUGCCGUCUUCACUAUGGUCCAAGGAUAACGGUUCCAAGGAGUCUCAGGUGGGCAUCAUGCGGAGUAAUCUCUACAAGCUCGACAUCAGCCUUGCUCGUGCGGCUCUUCAGUCCGGAAUGUGAACCGCAGAACAUAGCAGCCUACGACAGACCUGAAUACAAGCCUGCAUAGUAUCAUGAAAACUCAGGAUCCAUGUCUACCGGUUCCAUGCUAGUUGCUCAUUCAGCCCGGGAGAUGCGUUCUCUGCCCUUCCUAUGAUACCCACCUUAUGCAUAAUUUAGCCUGCCCUGAACUUGUAGAUCUCUGUAUUUCGUUAUACACUGGGCUCUCGUCAUUGCAUCUCUGAGACUACGAGCUAUGCUUGCUUCCGAAUAACCUGAUGGUUUGUAAGAUAGAGAUAAUCAUACUCCGAGUCCAAAGUUCAGAAGUUCGAAUAAGCCAGUCCUGCGCUGUGCUUAAUAAGCUUGUCUGU